GGGGGUAGGGGAAGCUCAAAGCCUCCCUCAGAGAGAGGAUGAGGACAGCUGGGCCAGAAAUGGAACUCGCCCCGCUGUCAUCCAUGGCUACAGUCACCUACAACUAUGACUACUACUACGAUGACCAAUGCCAGUACCAGCACCUGCAACAUAUGUCUACUUUCCUGCCUGUCCUUUAUAGUGUCAUGUUCCUGGUGGGUAUUGUUGGCAACUCAAUCCUGAUAGCAGCCUUGAUCUUCAAGCGGCGGGUCCAGAGGCUGAUUGACAUCUUUAUCAUCAACCUUGCAAUAUCUGACUUCAUCUUCCUCAUCACACUGCCUUUCUGGGUGGACAUGGAGGUGUCAGACGAGAGCUGGAGGGUAGGAUCUUUCCUCUGCAAAGCUAGUUCCUAUGUCAUCUCAGUCAACAUGUACUGCAGCAUCCUGCUUCUCACCUGUAUGAGUGCUGACCGGUACCUCGCUAUCAUGCACCCCUCUGUCGCACGACGGAUCAGGACAAGAUACUAUUUUGGAGCACUCUGCAUCUCUGUCUGGGUAUUAUCCUGCUGCUUAGGGAUGCCAACCCUUUUGUCCAGAGAACUGAAGACUCAAUAUGGAAAGACUUACUGCACAGACAAAGCUGUGACAGAAGUUAAACAGAUCAUGUCACUGAUGCUUUUAAUCCUGGCCUUCUUCAUCCCACUGUUGAGUAUCUUAACGUUUUACUGCUCCAUCACCAAGAGACUCUGUGUGCAUUAUCAAAAGGCUGGGAAACGUGAUAAGAAACUGAGAAAAUCCAUCAAGAUUGUCUUCAUUGUAGUGGCAGCUUUUGUUUUCUCCUGGAUCCCUUACAACCUUUUCAAGCUUAUGGCCAUCCUUUUGCGACUCCUAAAGCAGCCCAACUGUUUUUCUGGCACGGUUGCCCAGCUGGGCAUGAAGGGGAGUAUGCCACCAGGAAGAGGAAGCGCUCCGAGUCCCUCUGACUGCGAGCUGGGACUGUGGAGGAAGGAACUUCUUCCCCCAAAGAUGGCAGGAAAAGAAAAGGAGAAAAGCAACAGAGACAGGUGCAAGUGUAAUGCAACCAGUCCUUCAGGUGGGAGGGAUUUUGCUUCCUUUUAAAUGCUGAUAGAUGGAAACCUUAACCACAGAAUUACUUUACAAGGAUUGCUGUGACAAUGCAUGGUGUGAAUGUAAAACCAUCAUACCAAGAAAUAGCUAGAAAUGCUUAUGCUGGAAUGCCAGUACAAGUGCUACAAACUACAGAAAAGAACCGUAUGAUUCAGUCAAGGCCUCUCCGCGACAAGCUUUGAACUUAUGCGUAUAUAGGUUUUUAUUCUGCGCAAGAAAGGCAACCCAGGCGUUUCUUUUUGGUUCCUAGCUUGCCCACAAAUAAUGCGCGAUGUACUCAAACCAACCUGAUGAAUUUUGGGGUUUUGGAGGUUUUUUGAACUUGAAAAUCCAAUAUUUUAUGAAUUUGUGUGUUACCAGUUCUCAUAACUCGAAUCUUGUGCAUUUUAACUCUCAGAUUUAGCUUCUUAUUACAGCAUUAAAUCUUUAGUUUUAAUUGUAAUAAUUAAAGUGUUUAGCCCCUCCGAUUUCAGAAAAAAACAGAACUUGAAGGCAGAGAAACCAGGAGACAAGCAAAACCUUACACUUAACCUUUCUCUUAAAGAAAACAAGACCAAAAAAGCACACUUGUGCUUUUUAAGACUUUUUUGAGCACCUGACACAAUUUCUGUUUUCUUGGGUCAGAACUAAAGAGUCACUGCCUUCUACUAAGGAGUGAGUUCUAGAGUGAAAGGUUACACACAUGCAAACCUGCUUAAAGGCUUCAAAGGGAAGACAG